UUCUAGAGCUCCGACUUUCCGACCUGAAGAUCAUUGACGUCAUGAUUUGACCUCCUUUUUUUUAGCGAGUUCUCGUUUUGUCUUAAAGCACCAAUAGUUGGAGCCAAAGCUUGCGUUAUUCCUCAUAGUAAUUAAAAUAAUGUGUGUGGACUGUCUUCAAUGUGUGUGCUCUUUUUGGGAGAGAUUGUGUAAGACGUCAUUAAACGGCGCCUUUGUUUUUGCUAAUUAUCUCGCGGCUAGCAGCUAGCUCACCGGAGCUUUGUGUACCAAGGUACUUUAACGAAAUUAUAGAUUUCUGUUGACGUUUUGUUAAUAUAGUAAUCUCCAGACGUUGAGUAGUUGAACCGUUCACCGUCAGACAAAGUUUCUACCGAACAAGGAGACCCAUGGAGUCGGCAGUGGCGACAGCGGAGAGUUCCCCCAUUGUUACAGAACACAAGAAACCUAUUCAGUCUGCAGUAGAGACAGUGGCGCGACCUUCUACCGUUUCAGAAAGCAAGGAACCCACACCAUCAGACGUGGAGGACAAUGAUGUCACCAUAGUUUCAAAAAGCAAGAAAACUACACCUUUUGCAGUGGAGACGGCAGACAAUGAUGAUGUCACUAUCAUUUCAGAAAGCAAGAAAACUACACCUGCAGUGGAGACGGCAGACAAUGAUGUCACUAUCAUUUCAGAAAGCAAGAAAACUACACCUUCUGCAGUGGAGACGGCAGACAAUGAUGAUGUCACUAUCAUUUCAGAAAGCAAGAAACCCACGACAGCACAGCUGGCAGUGGAGACCGUGGAGAAUGCUUCUAUCAUUUCAGAAAGCUCGUCACACGAAGGCCAUCGCCUGUGGAUCGGGAACAUCGAUCCUAAAAUCACAGAGUAUCACCUGGUAAAGCUUCUGGAGAAGUUUGGGAAGGUGAAACAGUUUGAUUUCCUGUUUCACAAGUCUGGACCAUUGGAGGGCCAGCCCCGAGGAUACUGCUUUAUUAACUUCCACACCAAAGAGGAGGCUGAGAGGGCGAUCCAUUGUCUGAAUGGGAAGCUGGCCCUGUCCAAGAAGCUGGUGGUGCGCUGGGCACACGCACAGGUAAAGAGGUUUGAGGGUUUCCGAGGGGAUAAGAAUGGUCCUGCCAGCCUGGAGCCGUCCUGCAGCGCAGAACUAGACUUACCAACCAAUCUCAGUACGAGUGCGAAGAUUCGUGCGAUCGAGGCCAAGCUUCAGAUGAUGGAGGAGAACCCAGAUGAGGAGUACCAGGGCCCCUCAGCCUACAUGUAUAACAAGCCUCCAGAGAAGAAACGCCCACAGCCUUACAGCAGACCCUUCCGCAGGUUCAGGAGAUGACACACAGGGAACAGAACAUCCAACACCUAGGCUUGCAAAAUUUCCCCGGUAACUUUCCCAAAAUUCCCAGGUUUUCCAUAAUUCCUCGUUCGAAGAUUCCCCGUAGCGGAAAGGGAUAAGCAGGAAAUCUGGAAUCCUCCAACCAGGAUUUCUGGAAAACUUGGGUAUUUUGGUGAAGUUACUGGAAUUUUGCAACUCUACCAAUACCUGACUGGCUCAGUGACUUCCUCUACAGCGGUCUCCUGUAAUAAAUGAAUAGAUUCCAAGACAAUUGAAGUGCUAAUUAACAUUACCAUGAUACAAACGUAUAUGUGGAAUAUGCUCAGAUUGUUAAGUUAUUAUUACACUGUAGUGUUGUGGGAGUUGCCUGACGCCAAUCUGUUUGUGCUAUUAUGCCAACUCCUUGUCACUCAUUGACAAUGACUGCAAUGGAGUUGGCAAGAGCACAACAAGAUCUGGGACCAGGCUGUAGUGGGAGUCAGGCCACCAAACUGUAUGGCUUCAGGUUUGGACAGACGGCGCAACAAGCCAUUAUUUUUUUUUUUACCUAGUGUGUGUAUUCUUACUUGGAAGAGGAUUUUUUUGGGGGUUUUUUCAAGGAGGGUUUUGUUUUUUUGUAAUCUACUUUUCUACAACUCCAGCCAAAACUAUUUUCAAUGGCUAUAUAUAUUGUAUGAUGUGUAGAAUAUCACACCUUCCAUUGCUCUUACUAUUGUUUUCUGUCAGGAUUUUUUCAAAUACAUUGUUAUUGUAAUGUUUCAUUUCUGUCUUUGCCAUUCAGUGUUGGUAGUUGGACAUUAUUACCCUUCAUAAUUCCAAUUUGACCUGAUGUAGUGGACUAAUACAGUAUAAUAUGUUUCCCACAUGCUCGUGAGUCACUUAUUUAGCAUUAGCAUAUUGUUGUUGGUCUGUAGUCACAAAAAAGAAGGCAAGGCAUAAAAUCAUGUCUUUAAAACUGAGUGGUUGUCACCAUUGUGUUUCUUGUGAUCAAAGAAGGUUAUGCUAAAUGUAUUUUAUUCAUAACACAUAUUUGGCUAUGUUUGACUGUGAUUUGAGGGUCAUUAUAAGUGGAGAAUGUUGAGCAACUUUGGACAAUAUAACUAUUUGUAUUUAUGCUAUGACACAAAGUAAACCCAGAAAGCUACAUUGCAACUCAACUCAUAGAUUACAUUGUUCAAUCAUAAAAUGGUAUUUGAAAAACAACAACAAAUAGUAUUUGUUCUCUUUUUUAUUUUAAUAUAAUGCCCAUACUGUCCUGUAUUGUAGUCUACAUGUUUUUGAAGGUUUUACAUGGCUAUUUUAUGUAUCCCAUAAUUUGUAGAUCUGCCAAAUAUUUAGAAGAAUCUGGUUCAACUAGAGCAGGAGAUUCCUAUAUCUAUUUACCACUCCUCAUCGAAAUUGUGCACAGUAUAUCUAUCUUCAAUGAGGUUUAUAUAAUACAAGUCCUCAUAGUCUGACUAAUAAAAAAGGCUAAUAGAA